GAGAAAGAUCCACGAUUUAUGGACGGAUUAGCGAAAGAUUCAGCUGCAGGUACCGUUAUCGAUCACGAUAAGGCACAAACAUUGGAAGAAGUAGAAUCUAGUCGGACAAGACGGAUUUGGGUUAAACUAGUUUGGUUAUUAACUUUUUGGAUCCCUACUUUCAUGUUGAGUAAGGUAGGAAGGAUGAAAAGACCUGAUGUACAAAUGGCAUGGAGAGAAAAGGUGGCGUUGUGUAUCAUCAUCGGAUUAAUGUGUGGCAGUGUCUUGUUUGUCAUUUUGGGAUUGGGUAAAAUUCUUUGUCCAAACCUCGCAAAGGCGUGGAAUUUGACCGAAUUAGGUUAUCAUGCCCGAGAAGAUGAUUACUUUGUAGGGGUCAGAGGUGGGGUAUACGAUCUGACCAAAUUUUGGCGUGGUCAACAUUCUGAUAUACUUGCACAACAAGUCACCAAUUCUGAUAUGCUUUCACUGGCUGGUCAAGAUUUAUCUAAUUACUUUCCACCUCCUUUGAGGCUUGCAUGUCCAUCGAUUCAAUCAGAUCUAGUGACGCUUCAGUACUCAAAUUGGACAGCUGAGGUUCCUAAUGCGGUCCACACAUCGGGAGCUAAUCAAGUCGUGAAAACAUCAAAGCUUGCAAGUGAUCGAUGGUACCCUGAUAGAUUCUUACCAUUUAUGACUCCUUUCUAUAAAGGACCGAUUGUCUAUUCUAAGAAGACACUUGCGGGACUCAGCGAAAAUCGAUCGAUUGCCAUCUAUGAUGGUGGUGUCUAUGAUCUGACGGAUUAUUUGUAUACAUACGGCCUUCAAAACCAAAACGCGCAAUUUUUGUAUCUUGAUAAAUCCAUCACUGACUUGGUUCAACAACAGCCGGGUUCCGACAUCACUAAGGAGAUUGAUAAAUUAGCACUCAACGUGACAGAGAAAUCGGCCACACUUGCAUGUAUGAAAAACGUCUUUUACCUUGGUGAUACUGACUUUAGGGAAGGACCACGCUGUACGGUCGGGAAUUAUAUUCUCUUGGCAUUUACGAUUGUGAUUGCAUUAGCAGUAGUAGCCAAGUUUGUAGCCGCCUUACAAUUGGGAACCAAGAGAAUGCCAGAGCUCAGGGACAAGUUUGUGAUCUGCCAAGUACCUUGUUAUACAGAAGGAGAAGAAUCAUUGAAGAAGACGAUUGACUCGUUAGCCACUUUGAAGUAUGAUGAUAAACGAAAAUUGAUCUUUGUGAUUUGUGAUGGGAUGAUUAUUGGAUCUGGAAACGAUCGACCUACGCCACGAAUUGUAUUAGAUUUACUUGGAGUUGAUCCUUCCAUCGAUCCUGAUCCUCUGUUAUUCCAAUCUGUCUCUGAAGGUUCCAAGCAAUUGAAUUAUGGAAAGGUGUACUCAGGUUUGUAUGAAGUUGAUGGACACGUGGUACCAUAUGUGGUAGUUGCUAAAGUAGGCAAACCUUCGGAACGGUCUAAACCUGGCAAUCGUGGUAAACGUGAUAGUCAAAUUAUGUUGAUGAGGUUCUUAAAUCGAGUUCAUUUUGAUUCACCCAUGUGUCCAUUGGAACUUGAGAUUUGUCAUCAGAUUAAGAAUGUGAUUGGAGUUGAACCUCAACUAUAUGAGUUCUUGUUUACGAUUGAUGCUGAUACGGAAGUUUAUCCUGAUGCCUUGAACCGAUUGGUAUCUGCUGCAUCUGAUGAUGGAAGAAUUAUUGGAAUCUGUGGAGAGACUAAACUUUCAAAUGAGAAAGUUUCUUGGUGGACGAUGAUUCAAGUUUAUGAAUAUUAUAUUUCUCAUCAUCUUGCGAAAGCUUUCGAAUCUUUGUUCGGCAGUGUGACUUGUUUGCCGGGUUGUUUCACCCUUUAUCGCAUUCGUUCUGCUGAUAAAGGAAGGCCAUUGGUGGUUUCGAACUUGAUCAUUGAUGAAUAUGCUGAGAUUCAUGUUGAUACUUUACACAAGAAGAAUUUGUUCUCUCUUGGUGAAGAUCGAUUUUUCACUACGCUCUUGAUGAAACAUUUCCCGCACUACAAAACCAAAUUCGUCUCGGAUGCAACAGCCAUGACAGCCGCACCUGAAACUUGGGCCGUCUUGUUAUCACAACGACGAAGAUGGAUCAACUCGACCAUUCAUAAUUUGGGUGAACUGAUGUUUUUGAAGGACAUGUGCGGAUUUUGUUGUUUUUCGAUGAGAUUCUUCGUCUUCCUCGAUUUGGUUGGUACAAUCGUCCUACCGGCCACAACCGUCUACAUUGUUUACCUGAUUGUGAUAGUAUCUACCAAACAAGCUGCUGUUCCUAUCAUCUCUCUCAUCAUCAUCGGCGCAGUCUAUGGACUUCAAGCGGUGAUUUUUUUGCUCAAACGAGAGUGGGGUUUGAUCUUUUGGUUGAUAAUCUAUCUCUUGGCUUAUCCGAUCUAUUCAUUCUUCUUACCAAUCUACUCGUUUUGGAACUUUGAUGAUUUCUCUUGGGGUAAUACAAGAGUAGUGGUAGGAGAAGGAAAACAUAAGAAAGUCUUAGCAGAUCAAGAAGAUGUAGCGUUUGAUCCAUCAAUGAUCCCACUGAGAAAGUUUGGUGAUUAUCAAGCUGCGAUGUGGGAAGAAGAAUCA